GAUUUACAAUCAAUAUGGCGGUUGACCACAUUUUUCGUGUGUUUGAAAUUCACGACGCGAAAGGUGUUUUCUAAGCAAGCUGUAAACUUGGUUUAAAUUCUUUUAUUUUAAACAUAAAAUGCAAAGUAAACGAAAUAAUUGAGGAAUUUCUUUACGUAUAACAUUUUUGUGCAGUUUUUGCUGAGAUUGAUUUUAUCAGUCUUAGUACGUUACGGCGUAACGCCGCGACGUUGGGCUGGUGUUUUUACUCUAGCCAUUUUGUUCUAUAAUUAUUGAUUAUUCUCGGCGUUCAAGAUGAUGAUGUACACGGGAACCAGUACAGAGCAGGAUACUCGCUUCAGUGACAAGGAGAAGAAGCUGAUGAAGCAAAUGAAGUUUGGUGAUUGUUUGACACAACAGGUGGACAUGUCCAAGGUGAAGCUGGAUGUCUUGAAACCAUGGAUCACACAGAAGAUCACUGAGAUAUUGAAGAUGGAAGAUGAUGUGGUCAUUGACUAUGUCAACAAUCAACUUGAGGAGAAGUUCCCUUGCCCUAAGAAAAUGCAGAUCAACCUGACUGGCUUCCUGAACGGAAAGAAUGCACGCCUCUUCAUGGGCGAGCUGUGGGAGCUGUUGCUGAGUGCUCAGGCGAGUGAGAAUGGCAUUCCGGAGUCCUUCACGCAGCAGAAGAAAGAAGAAAUAAAAAAGAGAAUGGAAGAGCAGCAAAAAGACAAGGAAAAGGAUAAGGAUCGGCGCCGAUCGCGGUCCCGAUCCCGAUCGCGUCGCCGCUCUCGUGAUCGCCGUCGUUCGCGUUCUAGAUCGAGAGAUCGUUCUUCAGAUAGGAAACAUCGGAACGGUGGCAGCCCGCGGCGUUCGAGGAGGCGAAGCCGUGACAAGGCGAGCCGAGACAAGAGCAGCCAAUCGAAGACCAAUGUUGAGGAAAUUAAGUUGCCGCAAUCGAUCGAAAAUGGUCAAUCUCCAGAAAAGAAAGAAGAAGAACCAGAGGAGAAAAAAGAAGUGAACCAUAACUCUACAAAUGAAUCACUCAACGAGGACAAGCAAGAGAAUUCUGUUGUUGAAGAGACUAAUGAAGAACCCAAACCAAAGUCAAGAUCUGCGUCACCCACCAAAUCUGUAAGUGAGAAACCGGCAGAUGAAAAACCUGUAGAGAAGACUCGUCAGUCGUCAAGUGAGAGGCGAUCUUCAUCAGCGUCAUCGCAUGGAAGCCUGAAGAAAAGGUCAUCGCAUAAAAAACGGCAGUAUCGUUCCAAUCGCGAUUCAUCUACAAGUGUUAGCCCAAGACGCAGUUCCCGCAGAGAGAGAAGUAAGUCUCGUCGCCGCAGCAGCCGUCGCAGAUCAAUAGAUCGUCGCGAGAGGGACCGAGAACGUGAACGCGAGAGGGAGAGAGACAGGGAGAGGGAACGUCGUCGACGCGAGAGAGAGAGAAGGGAAAGGUCCCGUGAACGUCGUCGGUCACUUGAAAGACGUAGACGAUCGCGAUCGAGAUCUCGACGACGUUCAAGAGACAGGUCUCGCGAUCGUCGCAGGUCACGUUCCCGCAGGCGUUCUCGAUCCCGUCGUCGCUCUGGAAGGGGAUCACGCGAUCGCCGCUCUAGAGAUCGUCGCUCGCGAGAUCGGCGCUCAAGAGAUAGGUCCAGCAGGGAUAGAAGGUCAAAGGACAGGAAGGAUAGAAGAUCCAGAGAUCGAAGAUCUCGCGACAAGAGGUCCAGUGAUCUUAUCAAGGAACGUUUGGAAAAAUCGGUUUCUAUACCGAGAAAGGAAACUAUUGAUAAGGUGCGAAAGAAGUCAUCAGAACGCGUGUCUGUGGCUCGAGAGAACCUUUCAAAAGAAAGAGUCCUGUCUAGUUCUAGCAGAGAGUCUUCAGUUGCCAAUGAUAAAUCUAACGCUGUACAAGAUGAGAGUCAGGUGAAAACUGUUCACUCUUCUGAUGAAGAAGAAAGAGAAGAUUUUAUUCCAAUACCAACUCUUCGGGAAUAUUCAAAGAGCUUAUCCCGCACUCCAUCGCCAUUUUUGAGGAAGCACGAAAUUGAGAAUAAUAAGAAAUCAGACAAAUCAAAUGAUGAUGCUUCUGGCAAAGAACAACAGGAGGAAGAAAAUAAAGUGAAGGAAGCCAAGAGAGGCAAACGUAAACAGCACCACUCUGAAUCUGAAAGUGAAAGCAGUGAAGGUGUGUCGAAGUCAAAGAGCAAAGCUAAACUUAAGAAAAAAGAGAAGGUACCUUCAAAGAAAACUAAAAAACCUAAAAAGGAAAGCUCUUCAAGCGAUAGCGAAUCUGAAGACUCCUCUUCUAGUGACUCUGAAGAAGAAAGGAAAAAGAAGAGUAAAAAGACGUCUAAGAAGAAGGUGGCAAAGAAAUCCAGAAAGAAGAGGGCUCGUUCUUCUAGCUCAGAUUCUAGUUCUGAAGAGGAAGUUAAACAUAAAAGCUCUAAAAAGAAGAACAUUCCAGAAGAAUCUGACAUUGAAAAGAAGUCUAAGAAACGGGGCAAAGACGCCAGCGUUGAUAGAUCAAAGUCUGAAAAAGCUGACGUUAAACAAUCUAAGUCAAAGAAAAUCGAGAACUCUGACGAUUCGCAUGAUGAUAGCUCAGAUAGUGACGAAAAGUCUACUAAAAAGAAAACUAAACGUGAUACUUCUAGUUCAGAAAAAGAUGUAAGGCGCAGUAAGAAAGGAGACCCAUCAAAAGAGAAACAGCCUUCGCCUGAAGCAGCGAAAACUAAAAAAGGCGAUGAUAAACCAAAGCCAAAGCAUCCUGAAGAUCAUAAAUCAAAAUCACGUGAUGAUAACGAUAAGAAAGCUAAAAAACGUGAGAAAGAGGAAUCUUCUUCUGAUAGCGAUCAGGUGUCUAAAAAGAGAGCAAAGAAAAAAGUAUCUGAAUCAGAAUCAGAGUCUGAUAGUGACGAGCCUAAGAAAUCUAAAAAAGCUAAAAAGCACAAGAAACAUUCUAAAAAGCACAAGAAACAUAAGAAACACAAGAAGUCAUCUAAGAAGAAGGACGAUUCGUCCGACAGUGAUGAGAUGGAAGAAGAGGAAGAGGAGAAUAAAGUGAACAAUGAAGACCUUGAAAAAAAGCUGCGCGAAAGAGCGUUAAAGUCGAUGAAAAAGCAAACUAGUGUUUCCGGUUCCGAUUAAUGUGGUAUCACGGUUACAUUAAGUAAUUAUUACUUGUAUUGUAGAUUUACUAUAACAUUAAUGUUUUAAUUUGUUUUAAUGUUGCUAUAAUUUUCUUCAAUGAAAUAGCAUGUAUGACUAAGAAUACGUGGAUGUCACAUUGUUAGUAAAUAAAGUUUUGAAACU